AAAACUCCCAAUUGCGUGUGAAAAACCCAAACCCUUUCUCUUUGGACGAGGGAGACAUGGCGGCUAUGGCGCUAGGGCAUCAUCACCUCUCCUUCGCGGCAGCUCCUUCGUCCGGUCGCCCUGCCAGAGAUUCCUCGCUAUUGGGUGGGAACUUCGCUUCUUUGCAUAGGAUCCUAUCGAAGAGCCACGCCCGUGUUCUUCACCACAGUGUAAGCUGUGCUGCCGUGGUCAAGGAGAAAGAGGCCUUGGACAUCCAGCAGUGGAACGAUGAGGCUUACGAGGCAAGGCUACAGCACUUGGAAUCACAGGCGAAAAGUGUUCUCCAGAAAACGAUCGAGUGCUUUGAGAGACCAGCUUUUCCCUGUGCCUUGAUCGCCGGUGAUGUGGUGAUGUUAGACUUGCUCCACAAAAUCGGCGCCUUUGAAAAGGAGGCCGUGAAAGUCAUAUUCAUUGACACUUUCCAUUUGUUCCCGGAGACGUACACCUUUCUGAAGAGCCUCGAGGAUAAGUAUGACUUCAAGGCCCGUGUGUUUCACGCAGCGGACUUUACCACCAAGGAGGAAUACCUUGCAAAGCAUGGAUCGGACCUCUACAUUAGGAAUAUAGACGAGUAUGACAAGAUCUGCAAGGUGGAGCCUUUCAAUCGAGCCUUGUCGAGUCUCCAGGUUGAUGCGAUGAUAAAUGGAAGAAGACGUGAUCAUGGCGCUGAAAGAGCUCAUCUGGAGGUAGCUCAAGCUGGAAAGAUGGUGAAUGUCCAGCCACUUGCAUACUGGGAAUUCAGGGAUUGCUGGAGCUACCUGAAGAAAAAUAGCGUUCCCUAUCAUCCACUUCACGACAAGGGGUAUCCAAGCAUUGGAGACGUCCAAAGCACGCUGCCAGUGCCUAAAGAGAAAUGGUUCGAGUAUGGUGGAGAGCGAUCUGGCCGCUUCCAGGGCCUCACGAACAAAGAUGGCUCGCUCAAGACUGAAUGCGGGAUACACACCCAAAAGUAGUCGAAGUUUGUUUCUAGGGACAAAAUCAAAGGAAUAAAACACCUCUUUUCCCAAAAGAAA